AUGGCGGCCGCUUGCUUAACUUUGCUCUGUGCACUGAUUUUGGCCAGUGGCUGUCGAGUGGCUGGCAAUAGUCAGAAACAGCCACAGCUGUGGCUUGACUGCUCGUGCCUGCAUGCCAACGAGCGCAAUGCGACACAAUGGGGCAGCCUGAGCAUAAAUGCCAGCCAUGUGCUGGGCGCCAAAAACAACUGCCUGAUGAUCUUCAUUGGCGGCAUGGUCGAUGAGCUUGUAGCCUUUCAGCCGCAGCAGCUGCAACUACGUCCCGGCUGCUUGGAUGCCGUGGAGGUCUUUCCGUAUCUGCGGGAGCCCGUCAUCGAGAACUCAACGCUGCCGGCGUACACUUGGUGCCAGCACAGCGCUCGAAAUGCCACGCCUAUUUAUAGCGCUGGGAGGCUGCUGGGAUUGCGGCUAAGGUUUCAGCAGCCACCCACAAAGUUGGCCGGCUGGCCUUUAAAUCUGACGGCGACCUAUCGAUUCCUGAAGCAAGAGAAUUUCAAGACAAAUGGCCGCCUGGUGCCGCACAGCUUUUGUGACUUUUACUUCUUUGCCAGCACCGGACAUGAUGGGAAUCUGGGACAGGGUUACUUUCACUCACCACGCUUUCCUGCCCACUAUCCGGCACACAUUAAGUGCGCCUACAAGUUCAUCGGGCGUCCCGAUAGCCGUGUGGAGCUGCUAUUCGAGGAGCUCCGGCUGCCGCCAGUGGCCACCGGCGGCUGCCAGCUAGAUGCACUGACCAUUUUCGAUGCUGAGUCGGCGCAUAUGAAUGCCGUGAUUGAUGUCCUAUGUAGUCCGCGUCCCACGCGUCGCAUUCUUAGUAGCGGGCCAGAUCUGCUACUAGAGUUCAAUGCCAGCUCCAAUCGCACGGCCAAAGGAUUUCGCGGCAAAUACAAGUUUGUGCCUAAUGAGCAAUCGUCCCCAGUGGCGCCAGUUUUGGAGGCAGCCAGCAUAGCCAGCAUAUCCGUGAAACAGCCUCCCGUCAGGGCGAACAGUUUGCAGGAGGAGGCAAAGGAUGUUCGGCCGGGACGUACAAAUCAGCACUGCCGGCAGACGUAUGAUUCACGCGUCAACAAGUCCGGCAUCUUCGAGUCGAAUCAGCUGUUGGGCUCAUUUAUCGGCACAGCGAUAAAUAAGAAUAUCGACUCUGCAGUCGUUGUGCAAUGCCGUUACGAAUUUGAAUCCGAGAAACCGGAACGCAUUCAAAUUAAAUUUCACGAUUUUAAUAUACCAACGGAACGGGAGAACUCCAGUAGCUGUCUGGAUGAGGAUGCACUGCAUGUGCUUGGAGAGGUGCGCGGAAAGUACCAGACUCAAGAACUGUUGUGCGGCGCUUUUUUGCCGAAGCCGCUUAUGUCCAGCGGCCAAAAUCUUCAUUUGCAGUUUGUAGGCAAAUAUCCGCCGAAAAUGACCAACAAAGUGCAGUAUUACGGAUUUCGUGCCGAGUACCGGUUUCUCACAAAUUUUGGCAUAACGUCGGGAGUGCAACAGGGAAAUGAGUGCAACUUUGUCUACAACAGCAGCGAACGGAUUACGGGUCUAUUUCACUCACCGAAUUUCCCCGGCUACUAUCCCGAGAAUGUUGUCUGCAAUUACUACUUCUACGGAGUCGAUGAGCGGAUUGUCCUGCGCUUCACGUACUUUGAUGUCGAAGGCAUUAGCACAUGUGAGCACCAAACUGCCAGCGAUUAUGUGGAAUUCUCCAAUUUCAUGACCACAGAUCGCAAGUUCACCAGACACUGUGGCAAAUUACCGGACUUUGAAGUCCGAUCCGAUGGACGUUUCUUUCGCGUAUCCUUUCAUUCUAAUGAUCGGUUUGUAGCCAAUGGUUUCCGCGCUCUCUAUACAUUUGAAUCUUUGAUUGAGAAAAGUUCUCUGGAUAUCUCGGAUAGCACUGGCUCUAUGCAAAGUUAUGUCUCCAGUGGAACGCAUCAUUUACUUAGAAUUCUUAGCGUAAUAAUACCAAUUGUAAUCUCAAUUUAUAAUAUUUAAAAAUAUAAAUUGCA